UUAUUUUUUUAUUUUUUUGAACCUUAAAAGUCUCCCUAUUAUAAUAUCUUAUUAAACUUUUGAUGACUCUAAUUUUCUUCUUCUUCUUCUUCUUCUUCUUCUGAUCAAGUGAUAUAUGAUAUACCAAUAACACACUCCAAACCAAAACUACCUAUCAAGUUUACAUUUCCAUCCAUUCAAAAGAUCAACACCAUCAUCAGAGAAUAAUUCAGUUGAUCAAUCUCUCAAGAAUUCUUCUGUUAUGUAUGUGAUCAAUAUAUAACCUUGGAAGUGAAGUAAUAGAGACACAUCUUCAUCUUGAAUGGAUAUCAUAUGAAAAACCUGAAUAUGGAUAAAAUUGCAAGAAAAUCGACUGUCUGAGAACUCAGAAGUUUAUUAAUUAAAACCCUGGUUUCAUUAAUUUGCAUAUCUUCCUCCACCCUUACAACAUAAUUUGCAAACAACAAAUAUAGAACAAGUAGUCGUUAAUGAAUAUGUCAGAUGGAUAUGAGAAACAAGAGAAUGAGAGGAGUACUGGGAAGAGUGAAGAACAUGGUGAGGACACUUCAAUGGGAUCUUCAUCACAUAAUAAGUGUUCAAUAUCCUUUGAUUUGAAUGAAGAAGCUAGUCGUAGUGAUCAAGAUGUUAACAAUGAGGAGAAUGAUGAGGCAUGUGAUCAUGAAUUAGUCAAUAAUGGUGAUGAUGAUGAUGAGAAAUUAGCAAAGGAUGAUGAUGAAGGUAGUUCAAGUUCAACAAAAAGAAGUAGUGGAUCAAAUGAAAGAAGAAGAAAUGGUGUAAGACAAUAUGUUAGAUCAAAGAUGCCUAGGCUUCGGUGGACUCCUGAUCUUCAUCACUCCUUUAUGCAUGCUGUUGAAAGGCUUGGAGGCCAAGAGAGAGCAACACCCAAAUUGGUGCUUCAACUGAUGAAUGUGAGAGGACUCAGCAUUGCUCAUGUCAAGAGUCAUUUGCAGAUGUACCGGAGCAAGAAACUUGACGAGGCUGGACAAGUACUAAGUCCAACACACAGAUCAACCCAUGAAUUAGGUUCCAUUUCUCACCAUGUAGCCCAUCAAUCCAUGAUACCUCAUCAACAUUUCAAGAUGGCAAAUGGUGGAAUUGUUCUAGAAACUAAUUACAACCAGCACAGUUAUAAUUUCCACAGUCUCCUGCAUCCCUCAUCCUUAUCACAUUCACAUUCACAUUCACAUUCAAAGCCCAUCAAUUCAAGGCACCAAGAAUGGUACUUAAAUCAUCAAUCUUGGAGACCAAGCUACAUGAGCAAUGAACUAGUUAUGCCAUCAACAACCUUAAAUACACAAGGAAGAUCAUCCAUAACUUUGAAUCAGCAGCUUCAAGUUAAAGAUAAUACGGUCACUACCACACUUGCUCCUAUGAGACCAAGCCAAUUUCUUGAAGAGAAAAGAUGGCCUCCCUUAGAUAUCAUGAACAAUCAUCCAUAUUGGAAGAAAAAUUUACAUGAUCAUUUUUCUAGUGAUAGAACAUCACUUAGACCCGCUGAGGUGAGCUUUGGAAACAACACAAGAAGCAGGGAAAACAUAUCAAACAUCAAUAAUGACCACAACUAUUUUAAUAGUUCAAAGAUUGAAUUUGAUCCCCCGUUUCGGAUUAAGUUGAAUCAAGAGACAUUGCUGAAAGACAAACAAUGGGUGCCUGAUUUGCAACUGAGCUUAAGUCAAACAAACGGCAACAAUGAUGGCAAGAGUGAUGGUUUGAGAGAAACCAAAGAAAUCGACACGAAACUCUCACUUUCUUAGAAUUUAAUUUAUUUAUUUAUUUAUCCAUGUCAAUAAUAAUAUGAAAAUUAAUACAACCUAGCUAGUCGAUCAUAAAGUUGUGAGAGAAUAUAUGAUAUAUUGAUGAUACUAAAAGAAAGUUACACAAUUGCAUGUUGCUAAUACAGAUUGUUGGCUUGCCAAUACAUAUAUUUGAUUAGAAUGAGCUUGUUUACGAUUUUCAUA